AUGUUAAUUAAACCAUUGUGUCUUGUUAUUUGUUUAGUCGCUUCAGUUCGCGGACAAACAAGUUUCAGUAUUCCGAUUCCCAAUUUUCUUGCGGGAUUCUUUGGAGGAGGGACAGCAGCUACAUCAAGCGCAAACGCGGCAGCAGGCAGCGGCACAGGAUCGGGAACCGGAACGGGAUCAAGUUCAUCUAAUAACAAUAAUUUAGACGAUUACAUCGCCCAAAGUCUGUAUUACAGCAGCGGACUUCAGUACAUCGACGCACUACGGCAGCAACGGGAGCAGAACUAUUUAAAUUACCUCUUGGCAUUGACACUUGCCAAUGGUCAAUUUACCACACCAGCUCCAACAUCUUCGACGACAUCAACAGCUGUAACGCCAACGACCUCCACCGCUAUUCCCACAACGACUGGACCAUCGACCACAUCAACCGCCGUUGCACCCACUGCAUCUGACACCACAUCAACCGCAGUGGCACCCACCGCUUCCGACACCACUUCAACCGCUGUGGCACCCACCGCAUCUGACAACACAUCGACUGCUGUGGCACCCGCUGGCGGUGACACCACUUCAACCGCUGUGGCACCAGCUGGCGGUGAUACUACAUCAACCGCUGUAGCACCUGCUGGCGGUGACACCACAUCGACUGCUGUGGCACCUUCUGACUCGGACGGUACAUCAACCGCUGUGGCACCGGCUAGGUUUGGAUCAUAUGCGUCCGACUUUACCACAUCCAAGCCCCUUCAUUAUGAUCAAAAUCAGUUUUACUAUUGGAACGGCCAGAACCUGAUGAAACAAGGCAUUCCUCCGGCAGGUUCCUACAUCUACAUACCAUACGAUCCUCUUGGCCAAUUCCAAGCACAGCUUAGAGCUAAUUAUCGUAAUAUACCAAGGAAAUAG